CGCAAGGUGCACGGCCCUGCCGGGCGCAGGCGGCGCCUCCAGUGUCACUACUAUAAGGGACGGGGCGCCGCUCGACGGACGCCCAGUCCUCAGUAGACCGCCGUCAGCAACAUGAACCCCCUCCUCGUGCUCCUUUCGGUGGCGGUGGCUGUCGCCCAGGAGUCGUUUAUCCUGGACGACGGGGACCAUCACGCCUUGGAUUACGUCCACCCCGCCGCCUUUGGGGCGCGUCACGUGCCCAUCGUCGAGCAGAACUUCCAGAUGAUGCAGGACGGCGCCAACAGGUGGAACUUCGAGUCGGCCGAUGGCACAGGUCGCUGGGAGGAGGCGGCCCCAGUCUGGACGGGGGCGGGGGUGCGCGGCGGCUACAGAUACGCGAGCGAGGACGGCCCCGUGGCGGUGUCGUACGUGGCCGACAAGUACGGCUUCCAGCCGACAGGCAACGCCAUCCACCCCGACAUCGUCAAGGCCGUGGCCUUGCAGGUGGCCAAGGCCAAGGAGGAGCCCGAGGGCAUGUGGGACGAGAGAGGGUUCCCCGUGUUCGGCUACCACCAUCACUACUCCGACUAUUAGGCGAGGAGGCGCAGCUGCUCGCGGGCGCUAGGACAUUGAGCAUGUGGUUUCACCACGUCGCGGGUGAUAAUUCUAGUCAGCAUACGUCUCGUGGACUUAUGCCUGUUAUCAAACGUUUAAGUUAUCGUCUAUAUCCGUUUGACUCGGCCACAAAAUGUGUGUUUUUAUAAAUUGAUGCAUCAAGGUAAAACGUCAAAUGAAUGUGAGCUAUGGCUUCUAGUGUAAGGUGAAUGUGUACGUCUCGUGUUAUACUUAUGUAAAAAUAAGAAGGUAAACUUUUUACUGUCAA